AUGACUCACACUUUUGCCAUGCCCUCCACUAUCAUGACACUCGGCGCCCAAGCUAUGGAGCCAUGGGCCAUGGGACAUUCCAUAGGCAAUUUGCUCACCCAAAUCCACGCGCUCGUCGACACACAUCUUUCGCACCCCUCAACCUAUCGCAGCAUCGUUCCCUCGACCCUGGAUUUCGUCCCCGCGCUCGACGCCUACCUCGCUCAUCAACGAGCGGUAGAUGGCUGUACCUUGCCAAUGCCCUAUGAUUACCAGAACACGACGGAUCGCAAGACUCGCGCGAGCCGGCGUAGGUUUGUGGCCAGGUAUUCGCGCAUGCUGGAGGCGGAGUUCAAGCGUACGGUGCUUGAGCAGUUGUCCAGUAUCUUCCAGGACUGGAGUGUAGAGCAGACGCGACUGUUCAAUAAGGGUGUUGAUAAAGCGGUGUGUGGGAUACAAUGGGUUGCCUAUCCCGAAGAGAACGUAGCCAUGUGUGCUGGAGACGGGGACUGGGCGACCUGGCUUAAAGAGCGAUGUGAUGAAUUGGGGAUGCGCGAGUUUGGGGCGGGACGGAAGGCUUUGGAGGAGAUUUGA